AUGGGCAUGAGAUACCAAAGAGAAACAAAAAUAAAGUAUAGACAUAAAAUGGAAUAUUGUAAAGAGGAAGACAUUUCAGAAAAAAUUAUCAAAAGAAUAGUUCAAAAUUACUUAAAUCACAAAUGUUGUUUCUCAUCUUUGGUUGAUUUAAAAAAUAUUCUACCAUUGUAUUUGAUAUGUGGAUUUAUUUAUUUGAAAAGAUAUUUAAAAAAUAUGAAGAAUAGAUUAAAGGAUUCUGUGCUUACAAAAAUAUUUUUGACAUGUUGUUGGAUUGCAAUCAAAAAUUUCAAUGAUUCUUAUGUUGCAUCUCAAGAUUUUUUAGAUAAUUAUAAAUGCAACAAUAAAGAGAUUAUUUUUAUAGAAGCGCAUUUACUAUCAAAGAUCAACUAUAAUAUUGAUAUUACACAGUUAGAAAUAAUGAACUGGGAUAUUGAUUAA